CUUCCUUCCCGUUUCUUCACACAGCUGUACUCGUUCUUCCCUACCGCAACCGCGAUAAGGACGGGGCGAAUUUUCAACAGAAUUUCCUUCACCAACAGCAGCUUCCGGAGUCACCUGUAGGCAAGCCGGCGACACCGGAUUACGCGGGCGGAGCAGACCGGCAGUCGCGUUCAGCCGAGCAAGAAAGGCGUGGACUCCUCCGACCUUCCUCCUGCGAUUUCAACAGCUUCACCAGACAAUCAUCUGCAGUUGUGCAGUCAGACCAACAUGGCACUGAUCGAAACCUCCCUCAUCUGGGUGGCUUACGCCGUCUGUCUAGGCAUCAUCUUCCUCGUCUCGGCUGUCUUCGUAUUCGUCUACCAGAAACCUUCUGAGCGCGCCUACAGCGUGACAAUUGUCUGCUGGCUGACCGUGCUUGCGCUGCUCGCUACUGUUCUACUUCUGCCGGUCGAUAUCGCGCUGGUCUCGUCCACAACAUCACGUUCGCUUGGUCGCAAGAAGGAUUGGGCCACGCCGGAUAAGGUCGAUGAGACCCUCUACAUUCUGAAGAUCGUCUACUAUACCCUGUACAGCCUGGAUGCUGUGCUGUGUCUGAUCGUCGUACCAUUCACAUAUUUCUGGUAUGAGGAAUACGAUGAGGUUGCCACAAUGGAGCGCCAGCAAUCCGUUGCGGGCAGGCUGUGGGGUGCGCUGAAGUACACUUUCGCGUUCAUCUUUUUGGCUAUCAUCCUCUUUCUCGUUGGGUUCUUUGUCCCGGUCGUCAAGAAGACUCGCAACGAGCAUAAGGACUUGGACUACUUCAAGGACAUCCUCCUAGAGAACCAUGGCGAACGGGCUCUCACUUUUGCCAUUGGCCUCUUGACCAUGAUCGGUACCAUCUUGUACUGUCUGUACACGGCACCAGGGUUGGCCUUGUUGCCUCUCGCCCUCAUCAAGUCUGCGCCUAGAAUUUCUGCUCCCCAGAUCAUGGCCAGCACGUCGAGCCAGCUCGAGCAAAACCGCGAGCGACAACGCCAGCUCGAAGGCCGCAACGAAGGCCGCGAUGAGGGUCUGGAUGCGCGUGAUCGACGUGAGCUCGAGGCGCUCAUUCGUGAGGAACGAACCUUGGUCCGCCGCGAACGCCUUGCGGCAGAAAACACUGGCCAGGGCCGCAACUUCCUCAUCCGAGCAUGGUUGAAGCUGGAGGCGGUCUUCCGACCCAUCAAGCUCCUUGGUGGUCUUCUGAUCCUCCUAGUCUCUGUCAUCGUCUUCGUCAGCAUGCUCAUCACCAUGGUCGACAAGAUCAAGAACUCCGUCUGUGGUGCUAGCUGCGGCUAUGUGCUCGGCAAAACCAACAUUCUUCAGCCGAUCAACGAGCUUAUGAUCGCGACAUCCCGGAUUUUCCCCAUCGACUACAUCUUCUUCCUGCUCCUCACGCUUCUGUUCUUCAGUGCCACCGUGGUCGGCCUCGCUAGCGUUGGGAUCCGCUUCCUCUGGAUCGUCCUCUUCCGUAUCCGCAAGGGUCAGACUACGCCAAAUGCCAUGCUCAUGGGCACCGUUCUCUUGACAUUGAUGACUCUUGCCAUCAACUACGCGCUAGCUCAGAUCGUUGCUCCUCAGUACGCAACCUUUGGCCCUCAGACUUUCUGCGAUCUUCCAUCAUAUACGCCAGGCUUGCAGCCAGAUUGCAGUGAGCACCACAACGCCAUCAAGGCAUGCACCGAAACAUCGGACAACCCUAGCGCGAAGAUGGUCUGCACGCCCAGUGUCGCCAGCACGAUCUUGAACCGCAUCAACGCCAACUAUCCCUACUUUGGUGUAGUCAAUUUCUACGCUCAGUUUGCAUUCCUCGGCAUCUUCCUGAUUGUGUUCGUUGUCAUGCUCUUCCGCGUUCCCACCUUGGAUGAGGAGAUCCUUGAUGACGACCUUCGCGCCGAGGAAGAAGAGGGUCUGCUGGCAAGCACCAGCAGGCGAUUCGGGGCUACAUGGCAGGACAUCACCGGUCGCCCCAGGGGCGUCAAGAGAGCCGACUAUGGCGCGACCAACGGCGAAGGAGCCGCAGCUUCCACUGAGGAGUAAUUUGCGAACCUCGACAAAUGAUGGGAAUUAGGGAGCAACAGGCGAGAGAAUGCCAGGCUUGUGACACAAGCAUUGGGUGGGAAUUUGCAUGCAUUGAUAACGAGAGGAUUUUUUGGCAACAAAUGGUAAUGGACAGGUUGUGGACAGUCAACAUGAGUCGUGUUUCUUAGUUGCAGUGUUCCUUUUGACAGAAUGACAAUUGAUGAUGAUCAACAGUAUUGAUCUCUAUCGUAAUCUGCAAGUAAUGAUAAAAUCGUAACACUCAGCCACGCCAACUGGCGCGAUGCUGUGUCGUGCAAAUCUUCGCCGGUGACGCCAUGCUGUUUUUCGACUACUCCGACC